AUGGAGAAGUUUCUUGUGAAAUUUAACCAUUCUCAAGCAAGUUCUAGUACGAAUGUCAAUCCUUCUAGUCUUAUAGAUGACCUUAAUUUAGAUUCACUUGAAGCCGAUCCAGGAAAAAGAGUACCAAUUGCUCACUAUAACCCUCAAAUAAAGGAUGAAGUGAGGAAACAUUAUAUUCAAAAAGGGCCUUGUCAACCAAAAAUGGAUUCAUAUCCUCCAACUGAAAUUGGAAAAAGAAUGCGUCAAUUUUGUAAAAUUUGGUUUGAAGGUCCAUAUUCUAAAUGGUUGGAGUAUAGCGUGGAGAAAGAUUCUGUCUAUUGUCUAUGUUGUUAUUUAUUCAAAGAUGAUUUUUUCCAUGGAAGUACAAGUGAGUUUUACACAAAAACGGGUUUUAGGAGUUGGAAUAGGGCACUUGAAAGAUUCCGUAAACAUGUUGGUGAUGUUAAUAGUAUUCAUGACAAAUGUUUCAACAAGAUGCUAGAUUUGUCAAAUCAUCAUCAAUCAAUUCAAGUUGUUAUUGAUAAGCAUUCUCAAAAGUUAAAAAAUGAGUAUCGAAUGCGUUUGGAAGCCUCAAUUGAUGUGUCAAGACUUCUUUUGCAAUAUGGAUUACCUUUUCGAGGUCACGAUGAAAGUGAAUCUUCAAUUAAUCAAGGCUUCUUUCUAGGAUUUUUGCGAUGGCACGGGGACAAACAUCCGAAUGUUGGAAAAGUGAUAUUGGAAAAUGCCCCACAAAAUGAUACGUUGACUUGUCCUAUGAUUCAAAAAGAUAUUGCCAAUGCUUGUGCAAAAGAAACAUUGAAAGCAAUAAUUGGGGACUUGAAUGGAGAUUACUUUGGUAUAUUAGUUGAUGAGUCAAAAGACAUCUCUCACAAAGAACAAAUGGCUCUUGUUUUGCGUUUUGUUAAUAAGAAUGGUGAAGUAGUUGAACGAUUUAUCGGUCUUGUCCAUGUUAGUGAUACAUCGGCAUGUUCAUUGAAGAAAGCGAUUUAUUCUUUGCUUUCCGUUCACUCACUAAGUCCAUCCAAAAUACGUGGACAAGGUUAUGAUGGGGCUAGUAAUAUGAAAGGAGAGAUAAAUGGGCUCAAAACUUUGAUUAUGAAAGAUAGUCCAUCGGCAUAUUACAUUCAUUGUUUUGCUCAUCAAUUGCAACUAACACUAGUGGCUAUUGCUAAAAAACAUUUGGAUGUUGAAGACUUUUUUGAUCAUGUUAGUAAUGUGUUGAAUGUUGUUGGAGGAUCUUUCAAGCGUAGAGACUUACUUCGUGAUCACCAAGCCAAAAAGUUAGAGCAAUUAUUUGAAUCCGGUGAAGUUCAAAAAGGCCAAGGAUUACAUCAAGAACGUGGGCUUCAAAGACUAGGUGAUACUCGUUGGGGAUCACAUUUCAAAACUUUAGAUAACUUUAUUGUUAUUUUCUCAUCUAUUGUUCAUGUUCUUGAAGUGAUUGAACUUGAAGGGUCCACAUCAAGUGAUAGAAAUCAAGCGGAGUAUCUUUUAACAAAGAUUAAAACAUUUAAAUUUAUUUUUGUGCUUCACUUGAUGUUGAAAGUGUUGGCAAUGUCAAAUGAGUUGAGUAAGAUUUUACAAAAAAAAGAUCAAGAUAUUGUUAAUGCGGUGGAGUUUCUUAAUAUUACAAAGAAAAGAUUGCAAGAUAUGAGGGAAAAUGGAUGGGAAUCUUUGUUGGAUGAUGUUUUCUCAUUUUGUGAUGUGCAUUAUAUCUUGAUUCCCAAGUUGGAUGAGUCUUAUUUUCCCGGAAAGUCAAAACGUAAGUCUUCGGGUGUUAGUUAUGCGCACCACUUGCGUGUUGAAGUCUUUUUUCCUGUCAUUGAUGUGCAACUUCAAGAACUUAAUGACCGUUUUGAUGUAGUGAGUAGUGAUUUGCUUCUUGGGAUGGGUAGCUUGAAUCCGGUCAAUUCUUUCUCUAAUUUUGACAAAGGUAAAAUCAUGAUUUUAGCAAAGUGUUAUCCAAGUGAGUUUGAUGAUGGAAAAAUUAGAGAUUUGAGCUAUCAACUCGAUACUUUCAUUAUUCAUAUGCGAAGUGGUAAUCCCAAGUUCUCCAACUUGCAAGGAAUUCGUGAUUUGGCGAAGGCAUUGGUUGAAGCAAAUCUCGCGGAGACUUAUUCACUUGUUUAUUUACUUGUAAAAUUGACUUUGAUUUUACCUGUUGCUAUGGCAACUGUGGAGAGAGCAUUUUCGUCAAUGAAGCACAUAAAAAAUGAAGUGCGGAAUUAG